AAGAUGUUCUAUUUGAAGCUUUUCUUCUUGGUCGUCAGGCUUUCCUUCCUUUUCUGCAGUUUGAUGGAUCCCAGGUGCUUUCUGAGAUUUAAAGAUCCACAUACCUGGGGUGAAGAUAAAGACACAGAUUGUAUUUUUUCUAUUUACACAAAGCAUGGUCACAUCAAGAACGAAUAUUUAACCAGGAAUCUAGAUAAGAAGUUGACAUAUAAAAAUAUCCACUUGAUUUUGUCUCUUUAUUUUGCUCUUGAAAGUAUCAACAAAGACCCUCACAUUUUACCCAACAUUUCACUGUUAGUUAAAGUUGAAUGUAACCUCCUGGAUGAUUGGAGAAUGAAUAGUUUAUCCACAAAAUUAGGUGAAUUUCUUCCUAACUACUGCUGUAUAAAUCAGAGAAGAUAUUUAAUCACACUUACAGGUCCAAUUUGGUUAUCAUCUGCUAUGCUUGGACAACUCCUGUACAUCACAAAUAAACCAGAGCUUUACUAUGGACCAUUUCAUCCUCUCCUGAGCAAACAUGAACAGUUUCCACAUCUCUACCAGAUGGCACCUAAGGACACAUCUCUGCCUUUGUCCAUGGUGUCUUUGCUGGUGUAUUUCAGAUGGAACUGGGUUGGAGCCAUCAUUUCAGAUGAUGACCUAGGACUUGAAUUUCUCUCAGAAUUAAGAAGAGAGAUGCAAAGAAACAGUGUGUGCUUAGCCUUUGUUCAUAUUAUCAUGGGAGAUAAAAUAUUAUUCCAGAAAAAUACAAAUAUCUAUUAUAAUGAGAUCACAACAUCAUCAGCCAAAGUUGUUAUCAUUUAUGGAGACAAAGACUCUCAUCUGCAACUUAACCUUAAACUCUACAGAUUAUCAAACCUUAAGAGGAUCUGGGUCACUACUUUACAGUGGGAUAUGAUAACACAUAAUGGCAGAUUACUUCUUGAUUCAUUCUAUGGGACAUUUACUUUUUUACUUCACUUUUCUGAAUUACCUGGUUUAAAAAAAUUUAUUGAGACAGCAGAUCCUUCCAAGUAUAGUAAUAAAAUUUCCCUUGCCAAAUUUUGUUGGAUUUAUUUUAAUUGUUCUCUGACUUCAUUUAAUUCUAUGAACCUUAAGAAUUGCUCAAUAGAAAAACGAAUGCAGUGGUUAUUCCAGCAACAUUUUGAAGUGUCUGUGAGUGGUACAGGUUAUGUCCUAUACAAUACUGUGUAUUCUGUGGCCCAUGCACUCCAUGAGAUGCUGCUACAAGAAGUAGAUACAUUGUCAACGUAUUCUGUUGAAAAACUGGAGUUUGACUCUUGGCAGGUAAUAUACAUGGAUCAGUGUGUGAAGUGCCUUGAUGAUCAGUAUGCCAACCCUGAAGGAAAUCACUGUCUCAAAAAAGUGGUGGCAUUUCUGGGUUAUGAAGACCACUUGGGAAUGUCUCUAGCCUGCUUGGCUCUGUGUUUUUCUCUUCUCACAGCUUUUGUACUGGGUGUCUUUUUGAAACACAAGGACACUCCCACAGUCAAGGCCAACAACCGAACUCUCAGCUAUAUUCUACUCAUCUCCCUCAUCUUUUGCUUUCUCUGCUCCUUACUCUUCAUCGGCAAACCCAAUAUGGCCACAUGCUUCAUGCAGCAGACCAUAUUUGCAAUAACGUUCACUGUGGCUGCUUCUACUGUCUUGGCCAAGACAAUUACAGUAGUACUGGCCUUCAAGAUUACAACUCCAGGUAGAAGGAUGAGGUGGCUGCUGGUGUCAGGGGGACCUAACUUGAUCAUUCCAAUUUGUACUGUGAUUCAACUGAUUCUAUGUGGGAUCUGGCUGGGAACUUCCCCACCAUUUGUUGAUGUUGAUAUACAUGUUGAAAGACAGCACAUUUUGAUUGUCUGUAACAAAGGGUCAAUCAUUGCCUUCUAUUGUGUUCUUGGAUACUUGGGCUCGAUUGCCAUGGGAAGUUUCACUGUAGCUUUCUUGGCCAGAGAUCUGCCUGACACAUUCAAUGAAGCCAAGUACCUGACAUUCAGCAUGCUGGUGUUCUGUAGUGUCUGGGUUACCUUCCUCCCUGUAUACCAUAGCACCAAGGGCAAGGCUAUGGUGGCAGUGGAGGUGUUCUGUAUCUUGGCCUCCAGUGCAGGGCUGCUUCUUUGCAUCUUUGCUCCAAAGUGCUUCAUUAUUUUGUUAAGACCUGAGAGAAAUACUUUUCAAAAGUUUGGAAAUGUGCAUUUUAAAAUUGAAAAUAUUCAUUAA